AUGAGUGGCACCAGCGGUGUCGAACCGGGACCGCUGGCCUCUUGGGCGACCACGUCGCAGAACUCGACACAGACACCGUCGGGGUCGUGCACGCAAAAGAUCUGGAAGCCCCAUCUCGGGGAGGUUUGGGUUGACGCGCAAAUGAGUUUUCCAGGUGGGAUGGAACGGCCGACUUCCGUUAUUGCUCACUUUGACGGCUUCAGGAGAGCUGAGGACAACCCAACGCUGGGUUCCCAUCUGGAUCUGGUAGAUCUCACCCAACUCCUCAGCCCCAUUUACCAGUUGUGA